UAUUUCCAUUAGAAACAACUAAGUGAAUAUAUGCGAAAAUUGGAUGCAGCAAAUGUUUUCUAAAUUAGGACAUUUGUUUUAUUAUUCCAAGUAUACUUUUUUAUUUCACAAGAUCAUAAAGAGGGUUUUUAAAUGUUUUUUAUUUUUUCGCGAUCAAAUUAUGUGAACUGAAAGUCCAGGACUUACGGCCAUAUUAUAUAUAUUUGACACACAACUCAAUCAAACAAUAUUCUGUGUCAUAUGGAGGUUACUGAUUGUACGCACUCCCCUGAAUUAUUGUGAUUUUCAUUCUGGUCUAAAUUUCUAAUGAACUCAGUACAUGUGAUUUUUUCCUAUGUACAUAGAAAAUUUUUAUGAUGAUUGGAGAUGUAUUUAUUUACAAAGGAUAAAGGAUGUAUAGGUUUAUCAUUACUACGCUGUGAAAACACACAAAAAUUGUGCAAAUUAACAGUAAUUGAGAUGUUUAUUCCAGGAGAAUGAACUACAGGAGCUCUGUUAUACCAGAAGACUCUUCGGGAUAUGUGGAGUCUCUUAUGUCUAAUAAUUCCAAAUUUAAUAGUUUUUCGGGAACAGAUUUCGGCAUUUCUUCAACCAACGAGGGCGAAAAAGAGCUUAUCAGCUACUACAUUGUAGGUGUAUCAAUGAUAGGGGUUUGCUGCUUCGGUAUAGUCGGAAAUUUAUUGUCUCUCAUCGUUUUGACAAGACGUUCCGUUGGGGUUCCACUACAAAUACAUAUCUUAUCUCCUUAGCCGUAGCUGAUAUGUUUGUUCUUAUCGCAACAAUUCUUACUGCCAUAAAGGAUUCUAGAAAGCCAGUUGCAAGCAAGUUGUCUUGGCUUGCUUGGCAAGAUGCACCCAUUGUUCCACGGGCUUAUCCAUUUUGUCACGCUACGGCAGUAUUGUUUCAAGUAACGUCGGUAUGGCUAACCGUAGCAUUUGCUGCAGAUCGUUAUUUAAUGAUUUGUCAUCCAUUUUGGGCUAAACGUUGGUGUACAAUAAAACUUGCUAAAAUUGUAAUUAUUAUUAUUUAUGUGUUCAGUGUAAUCUAUAGCAUUCCACGGUAUUUUGAAUAUCAAAUAUUUGAGGUACAACUACCUAUGAAUGCAAUAGAUUGGAAUUUACAUGACAAUAAUAAUAAUAACGAUAAUAAUGCUGUUCAAAUUGAUGAGAAUUUAAGAAAUACAAAUGUUGUCUUUGUACAGAAUUUAUCUACUUCAUUUAAUACUACUUCUUCUGCGUCUACUGCUCCUCUUUCUCAUAUCUCGCCUGACAUGAAUAUCACUAGCCUUUAUGGGGAUUUCAGUUAUUCUAUGAAAACUAUACCUGUCAUCUGGUAUCGAUUAUCAGAAUUUGGUCAGUCGGAACAAUUUCGCAAGGUUUAUCAUUUAUGGUCAUGGGUGCUAUUAGUUGUCGGUAUACCAUUUGUAUCUAUUGCUAUCAUGAACACAUUUCUAAUAUUAGAAGUACGCAAGUCUAGUCGAAAGUGUGUUGAUCAGUUGAAGAAGCGAGAAUUUCGACGACAGGAUACAAAUAUUAUGCUUAUAGGUGUAAUUGUUAUAUUUUUUAUAUGUCAGCUUCCAGCUGCAGUCAGUCAUAUUGCCUGGGGUUUGAUUACACUAGAGGCUGGCAGUGGAAUGUCAUGGUUUCUGCUAAAUGAAAUUGGAAAUUUAUUAAUUGUUGUCAACUCUGCUAUAAAUCUUUUACCUUAUUACAUAUUCAGCCGAAAAUUUCGUCGACAUUUUGUACGUACCUUCUGGCCAUAUCGAUGUAUUCGAGAUAAUGGUCUCCACUGUAUUUACAUUCCAGAAUGGGCCACCAGAUCAAUGAAUCAUUAUGAUGAUGCUGAAGACUCUGAAAUGGCCGGCACUAGUACACUGCAUAAUUAUCAUCCUAGAAUGAAUAUGAGAAAUUUUUCCAAUUAUCGUCUUAGCAUUCAUCGGAAUAACAGUUCUAGUUAUCGACCACGACCUAGUCUUCCAUCGAAUAUUAGAACAAGUAGUUGUGAAUCACAAAAGCUAUUUUCGCAUAUCUUUAGACCUGUAUUUUAUAAUACACGACGUAAAAAAUCGAAAGCAGCAAGUCUUUCAUGUGAAUCAAAGCCAACGCUUCAAAUGCAAAUGCAAGACAGGGAAAAGGCGUAACAAAAGGUGUCCUACUUAAUCAAUGUCAAAAUGAUGAAGAGGCUAAGGAUGUGGCUGAAAAUCAUAAAAUACAAAAAAAGGAUAGUUUACCGUGUGAGAAUAAUAUCAAUAACAUUGACAACACAAACAACAGCAACAUCAACAAUAACACAAAGUCGUCUAGUUUGCAUACCCUACCUUAUCGUGGAUCGAAUUCUUCACAUUCUUCAGUUAGUUUCCAAAUUCGUGACAAUGUUAACCAAUCAUCAUCAUUAUCAUCAACAUCUAUGCCUUUACGCUUAUUACAUUGUAAGAAAAAAUCAAUAAGUGAAUUUAAAUUUAGUAAAAGUAAACGUUUCCAUAGUAAAUCAGAGGUAGAUUAUUCAACAAGGAAGUUAAAUAGAGAUUGUAAUGACGAUGGUAAUGAUGAUGAUCAUGAAGGCACUGCUGAUGAUAAAGAUAACAUAAAUAGCAAAAACGGUGAUAACGGUGAUAGUGAUACAGCUACACCAUCCACAGAACAUCUUCAAAGUCUAGAAGAAGUAUCGAGUAAUCCAGAUUCUGUAGAUAUUGCAUAAAAUUAUAUAGGAUUAUUGAUUUGGGUACUUUUUUUCAUUGCACAUAUAAAUGCACAAUUGUAAUGUGAUAAUAUUCUUUCUAUGAGUGCAUAAUAAUUGAUAAUAAUAAUGGUAACAAGAAUAAUUAUGGUUUUACAUAGCUUUUCUACACGUGUUGAAUACAUCUUGAAGACAUCAGUUUUAGAGAACUGCGGUGUUUCUAUGUGUAUGUGUGUGUGGGUGUGUGAGUGAGUACCUGUGUGCUUUUGUAAGUAGUCUUUCCACAGAAAAAGUCAUCGAAUCCAAUCAAAUAUAUCUAUAUAUAUAUAUACCUAUGCAUUUUAAUGGGAAUCUUCUUUGUGCAUCCAGAAGUUUUUGAUAAUUUUGCCCUUCGAUGGGUAAUAUAUAAUAAUAAGUGGGGAAUCUAGAUGUAUUUUGAUGUUUUCCUCUCAGAUUAUACAUACAUAACUUAACUAUAUACAUAUUCUAAUGUUUGUAUUUUUCAUUUUCGUCUUUUUGCACAUAUAAUAAUAGUAAUAAUAACAAUAGUACAAUAAGAAUGAGAACAGUAAACAUUUAAACGACAACAAAAACAACAACACGAAAUAAAGAGAUGAGAAAAAUGCACAUUGUACAUUAAAAAUCAAACUAUUUUUUAUUAUUAUUGCUUUCAUGAAUAUGACUGUUGUUCUUUGUAAAAAAGCGAAACAAACAAAAGAUAAUUGUGAUACAUAUCGAA